GCGCACGCACGCACACCGAGUUCAACGUGUCAAGCGCAUUGCCUCCUCUGUGGGAAUGUUUGUCUUUGCCGGUUGGUUGGUCAAAGAGCUGCGGUCGUGGAGGCAACCGCGCAACACUUAUUCCGCGCUUGGCUAUUUCCACGGACUCCCGCUAUCAUUUUUCCACUCUCGCCAGACGCCUCCAGUGUGUGUGCGUCUCUCUCGGACAGUGCACAUCGUCGCACCCCAUUCGGUCAUUGCUUUCUCCCGCAUACCCAAGCAUGGAUUCAGAUCCGUAGCAGACAGCACUUUGUCCACAUUUUGGAGUCAAUCGGGUCUUUGUUGGAAGUUUGUUUUGCCCUCCCCUCUGCCCCGCAAGUUCUCCAAGAUUUUAGGAUGGCAAAGCGCGGGCUGCACCCUCGCGUCAUGCUCCUGCUGUGCCUGAUCUCCACGGCGGCGUGCGACACGUUCGGGUCCACCGAGGAGCCCACUGACACGGGCGCUAAAUCGGACGGCUACUGCAGCCGCAUCCUGCGGGCUCAGAGCGCUCGCAGGGACGGCAACAGCGAGUUCAGGCUACGCGUGGAAGGAGACCCCGAGAGCUACCAGCCAGGGAGCACCUACAGAGUGACUCUGUUUGCAACCAACCCUUCCUACUUCAGAGGCUUCACCCUCAUCGCCUUGAAGGAGGGUGCAGCUGGAGACAAGGAGGAAGACUACCUUGGAAAUUUCCAGAUAAUUGAUGAAGAAGAAACACAAUUUAUGAUCAACUGCCCACCCGCAGUGACAGAGGGGACACCUCGUCGACGCACCAGCAUCCAGGUGUUCUGGACUGCGCCCCCUAGCGGCUCUGGCUGUGUAUUACUCAAGGCAAGCAUUGUGCAGAAGAGGAUCAUCUAUUUCCAGGAUGAAGGCACCCUCACGAAGAAGAUGUGCGAGAAAGAAUCCCUAUAUGGAGAUGCUACAGAUAAACCCCUGCAUGAGUGCUGUGCCUGUGGAACGGCCAAGUACAGGGUCACCUUCUAUGGGAACUGGUCAGAGAAGAUUCAUCCUAAAGACUACCCACGUCGUGCCAAUCACUGGUCAGCCAUUAUUGGCGCAUCACACUCGAAGAACUAUGUGCUCUGGGAAUAUGGAGGCCUGGCCAGUGAUGGGGUCAGACAGGUAGCAGAGCUCGGAUCGCCAGUCAAAAUGGAGGAAGAGAUCAGACAAAAGGGCGAUGAUGUCCUGACGGUCAUCAAGAUGAAGGCGCAGUGGCCGGCUUGGCAGCCACUUAAUGUGCGAGCUGCACCGUCCGCGGAGUUCUCGGUUGACCGGACCCGUCACCUCAUGUCAUUCCUGACAAUGUUGGGACCCAGUCCUGACUGGAACGUAGGUCUGUCUGCAGAGGACUUGUGUACCAAAGAGUGUGGAUGGGCCCAAAAAGUAGUCCAGGAUCUCAUCCCUUGGGAUGCUGGCACUGACAGUGGGGUGUCAUAUGAGUCUCCCAACAAGCCUACCGUGCCUGAAGAUAAGAUUCGACCUCUGACCAGUCUGGAUCACCCUCAGAGCCCUUUCUAUGAUCCUGAAGGAGGAGCCAUCAGUCCUGUGGCCAGGGUCUUAGUGGAACGUAUUGCCAGAAAGGGGGAACAGUGCAACAUAGUGCCAGACAAUGUGGAUGACAUUGUGGCUGAUAUUGCCCAGGAGGAGAAAGAGGAAGCAGACGACACCCCCGAGACAUGCAUCUACUCCAACUGGUCUCCGUGGUCAGCCUGCAGCUCAGCGACUUGUGAAAAGGGCAAGCGGAUGAGGCAGAGGAUGCUCAAGGCCCAGCUGGAUCUCAGCGUUCCCUGUCCUCACACGCAGGAUUUUGAGCCUUGCAUGGGCCCGGGAUGCAGUGAUGAAGAUGCAUCCACCUGUAUUAUGUCAGAGUGGAUCACCUGGUCUCCCUGUAGCGUGUCAUGUGGACGAGGCACACGUUCCAGGGAACGUUAUGUGAAGCUAUUCCCAGACGACGGCUCAGUCUGCACACUGACCACGGAGGAGACUGAAGAUUGUGUCGUCAACGAAGAAUGCUAUCCCAGCAGCUGUCUGGUAACUGAAUGGGGGGAAUGGGAUUCCUGCAGCGCCACUUGUGGUUUGGGAAUGAAGAGAAGGGAGCGCAUGGUGAAGAUGCCUCCAGCAGAUGGUUCCAUUUGUGGAGCUGAGGUUCUCGAAGUGGAGAAGUGCAUGAUGCCAGAAUGUCAUACGAUCCCGUGCAUGCUGACUAUGUGGUCUGAGUGGAGCGACUGCAGCGUCACGUGUGGAAAGGGGCUACGAACACGCCAGCGUAUGCUCAAGUCGCCGGUUGAGCUCGGAGACUGCACGGAAGAGUUGGAUCAGGUGGAGAAAUGCAUGCUGCCGGAAUGUCCCAUAGAAUGUGUCAUGUCCGACUGGAGCGAGUGGUCCGAGUGCAAUAAAUCCUGCGGGAAAGGCCACACGAUCAGGACACGCACAGUGAAGUCGGAGCCUCAGUUUGGAGGAGACCACUGUCCUGAAAGCAUCCAGAGGAAAAAGUGCAAGAUAAGAAAGUGCACCAGAGGAGGACCGGGGAACAGCGAUGAGAAGAAACAGCGCAAGGAGCAGCGAGAAAAAAGGAGGAGCAAACAGGGCAGAACAGAGGUCACCUCUGAGCAUCCAGGAUGCAAAAUGCGGCCAUGGUCAAGUUGGACGGAAUGUACCAAAGUGUGCGGCGGAGGUAUUCAAGAACGGCUUAUGACUGUGAAGCAAAGGUUCAAGACUGCACAGUUGUCCAGCUGCAAGGACAGGAAGGAGAUCCGAGCUUGUAACGUGCACCCCUGCUAGGAAGGAUUCAUGGGAUGGCAUUGGGAGGAGUGGGGGUUGGGGCGGGGGGCUGAGAAAAACAGCAGGCAUUGUAAGUUGUCACGCAAUCUUUUUAGGGCUCUCACACCAUUUCCUAUACACCUUGUAGCAAUCAAAGUAAAAUUCUGGUCAUUUCUGAUGAUUUGACUGAGAGGUAAUGACAUGGCUGGGUGGGUGUUUUAAAGUUGAAAUAAUGCCCUCUGCUAUCUACUCCGCAUUCCUCAGGACUUUUCCCUGAGGCGUUACAAUUCCAGUAAUCAAAUGGGUUUUGUUUCAUUCUAUCGUUCCGUUGACAGCUAUCAGAAGUUUGAGGGAAGCGUUUGUGUCUUAUUUUGUUUUAAAGUUUUCAUCAGGAGACAGAUAUGAAGAUCUGACACUUCAAACAAGACUUGAUGACUCUUCUGUGCUGUAGCUCCAAUACACUUUUGCAAGAUGACUAGAAAUGUGUUAUAAUGAAUGAAUAUAUGUUGGAACCAUUCAGAAUUGAUUUCAUCACUCAAUACUUGUUAUAUCUUGUGGUAUUCUUAGUCAUAUACGCUAGUAAUUUAAAGCACACGUGCCCAGCCAUUCCAAGGUUUUCACUGCCUUCCGUAAUUAUUUUGGGGUCACACGACAUUGAAUUUUUACCCAACAUUGUUGUUCAGUAGAUAUGCCGCAUUUGGAAGUGAGUUUAUUUAACUUUCUUGAUUAUUUAGAUAUGUUUCCCUGUGUAUUUGCUUUUUAAAAAAUGUCUGAAGAUUCUUACCAAAGUAUUACGUAGAUGUUUUGAAAUGUUUUCCUCACCCUUUUUUUGUUGCUUUCCCCCCCUCCCUCUAACAUGUUUAUAUUUUGGAAUAACAUUACCUUUACAAUAAAAGUAAAUGUGACAACUUGUCAACUGGA